CUAACAGCUCUUGCUGCACAUUACACUACUGUUCUUGUGGCUCAAGAGAAAGAGAAGGCAUUUUGGACCGAAUCAGAAGUAACUGCGCUGGUCGACUACCUUCAUGAACAUCGGUCAGAGCGUGCCAAAGGAGGCAACUUCAAGAUGGUAACAUUCAAUGGAGCAGUGAGGGAUAUCGCACCCAAGAAGACACAGGGCCCACAAAAGACUGGCAAAAUGUGCCAGACAAAGUGGACAUCAGUGAGUUGCUGA